ACCUGCGCGGCGUCGUGAUCGCGGCUCCGAUGUUUUCCUGCUUCUGCUUCAGCAUCCAGAACCACUCCUUCGGCGGCCCCGCUUUGCCAGAGUGUGGUGAGGAUGUGGAGUCUGUUCCUGAGGACCAAACAAUCAGUUCAAUUCCCAGAGAUGAAAACAAGGAAAACCACCCAGACAAAGCUGUAGUCUUAGAGGAAAACCAGGCAGUGUUCCAAGACACCCCGACACCCUGUGAUGGCACACUAAGGGUUGGAAUGGGGAACUUAAAAUCCAGAAAGCCCACAUCCAUUUCAAAAACAGAAAACGGGAAAAAACGUGAAGACGGCCAGGAGAUGGGAAAUGCAUUGCCAUGGCUCUCGGACUGUCAGCGGAAAACUGGGACACCGACUAAUGAUUACACUGAGAACAUGGCCUUCAAGUACCAGGAAACAGUCAUCAAGUUUCAACCCAGGACAGAUCAGAGCGCAUUCCUUUCUCCAAAAGACACUUCUGAACAACUUCAAAGCUCCGGUGAGGAAGAAACUCCUCAGCUGCCCUCUUCAAAGGAUCCAGCCACUUCAUCCGUCCCACCGAGUGUGCAAGGCCAUGGAGAAAAUUGUGGAGAGCCUGUGCAGACCUGCAAGGAGGGCUACACUGAUGCAGAGAAUGGACAGGAAGGCCAUCAUUCCUUAGGGACCAGCAGGCUGCUGUAUCACAUUACUGAUGGAGACAAUCCCCUGCUUUCGCCUCGCUGCUCUAUUUUUAGCCAAAGCCAGAGAUUUAAUUUAGACCCUGAAUCGGCUCCUUCCCCACCAAGUGCACAACUGUUCAUGAUGCCAAGAAGUUCUUCCAGAGGGAGCUGCAAUGUCUCCAAAGAGCCUCAGACCAUCACACAACUUACGAAGCACUUGCAAAGUCUCAAGAGGAAGAUCAGGAAAUACGAGGAAAAGUUCGAGCAAGAAAAGAAUUAUCGGCCUUCCCACGCGGACAAAGUGUCAAAUCCUGAGGUAAUGAAAUGGAUGAACGAUUUGGCCAAAAGUCGGAAGCAGCUUAAAGAGUUGAAGCUUAAAAUGUCGGAGGAACAAAGCUUCCCCCUCAAAGAACCGCAAAGGAACCUUCAUCAGGAGAAUGCCAAAGAGACUGCCAAGCAGGAUGCCGCGCUCGCUUCCUUGGGCCCAUCUGCAGGAGAGACCACGGAUGCCAUGAAGCAGAGACUGGAAGAAAAGCGGCAGCAGCUCACUGUACCGGAGAACAUCAAGGUGAUCAAGCAGGAUCGGAAUCUGAUGAAGCCUCUUUAUGAACGAUACCGAAUUAUCAAGGAUCUCUUGUCAACACCUUCGUUGAUUACAACCAUUGAAGAGGAAGAUUCUGAUGAAGAUCACUCUCAGAGCAGCUAUGAAUUAUCCUCUGCUAUGUCUCUCAAUUUGCCGGCCGACGAAGAUCUAUGCCAUUCGGAUGAGGAGAAUGAGCCUGCCUUUGUCUCCCCACUGGACGAAAAGAAAGCGAUGAAGCAGCCCGCCUUGUCCAUGUCCAACUUGCACGAGGCCACAAUGCCUGUGCUGCUGGAACAUCUCCGAGAAACGAGAGCUGACAAGAAAAGGCUAAGGAAAGUGUUACGAGAAUUUGAGGAGCAGUUCUUUAAACAAACGGGAAGGAGCCCGCAAAGGGAAGACCGAGUCCCCAUGGCAGAAGAGUACUCCGAGUACAAGCACAUCAAAGCCAAGCUCCGGCUGCUGGAAGUGCUCAUCAGCAAGCACGAUGUCUCCAAAACCAUCUGA